AAUGGCAUAUCUUCAUUGAGUUAUUUAAAUUCUCUUCACAGACCCACAAUAUGGCCCACGAGCCUCAAGCAUUCAGGAACCACUUCCUUUCCUUAAUUGUAAAAAAAAUUAUUUAAUUUUUCUUCUAUUAUACAUGUACAUACUUUUUCAGGUUGAGCAUUUAUAACAGGAUUGCUUUCAACAAAGUGUAUGACAAAUAUCUCGUAAAAACUGUACAUCUGACGCUUGAGCUGGAAUCCAAUUAUCUGAUGGCUUAUGGCAUGGUUUUCCUAAAUACGAGAAAAAGGUUUAUACAAUAUAGCGUAAAAUUAUAAAAAGUUUUGAUAAACUAAAAACACUAAUCAAGCGGUAAUAGACGUGUGUCCUCUAUUGCCCCUGUGUGGCUGACUUGGGGCACGACAUUAUGGAGACGCGACAGACUUUGAUUAAACUGAAAAUAGGUUUUUAGGCGCACAUUAUUGGGUCUUCUGUGAGGACCACGGACUGUGGUUGUUGCACCAAAAGUUCUUUCCAUUACAGUCGGUGAUGAAGACGUGAAGUGAGUCUAUGACUGCAUCAGCUGGACGUCACGUACGGCACGUAGCGGAUUGGAAAUGAGAAAAUAUCAGGAAAUGACACCUCACAUGAGAUAUCCGCCUCCACACAGCUGCAGCUGCUGAGGGAUUGAAGCUUUUUCCUCAUUUCUAGCAAAACGCGCGGACUGAGAAGGGCUCCAUCUUGACAACGUUAAAUAACGAACAGAGAGAAAACCCCCAGAGAGGUCGUGAUGGCGCCGGUGGUCUUCUUGCUCCUCCUCCUCCAGAUGUCCGGAUCUGCGCACGGCAAGUGCUUCUGUCAGGUCACAGGUGAACUGGACGACUGUGCCUGCGAUGUCGAGACCAUUGACGGUUUCAACAACGAGCAGCUUUUCCCCAAACUUCAAACUCUUCUGGAGUCUGACUACUUCAGGUUCUACAAGGUGAACCUGAACAAACCGUGUCCUUUUUGGACGGCCAUCAGUCACUGUGGUCUAAGAGACUGUGCAGUGAAGCCCUGCUCACCUAACGAGGUUCCUGAGGGAAUCCGAUCCUCUCCACAUGAGAAGUAUUCUGCAGAGGCAAAUGAGGAGCAGCUGGAUGAAUGUGAGAAGGAGAAACAUCUCGGAGCUGUAGAUGUCUCUCUGAGUGAAGAGACACGAGAGGCUUUAUUGGAUUGGAGCAAACACGACGACGAGGCCGAACGGUUCUGCGUAGUUGACGACGAGGAGUCACCGGACUCCCGGUAUGUCGACCUGCUGCUGAACCCGGAGCGCUACACGGGCUACAAAGGUCCGGAGGCGUGGCAGAUUUGGAACAGCAUCUAUGAGGAGAACUGCUUCAAACCAUUUACCAUCAAGCGACCGCUUAUUCCUAGCUCAUUUCAGAGCAGCUCAGGAAGUGAAGCGCGAACCUUCUACAGCUGGCUGGAAGGUCAGUGUGUGGAGAAGAGAGCUUUCUACCGUCUCAUCUCUGGUCUCCACGCCAGCAUCAACAUACAUCUGAGCGCACAGUAUCUCCUGGAUGACAGUUGGUAUCAGAGGAAGUGGGGUCACAACGUGUCUGAGUUCAGGCAGCGCUUCGACUCUGAUCUGACAGUUGGCGAGGGCCCCAAGAGGCUCCGCAACCUCUACUUCCUGUACCUGAUAGAACUAAGAGCUCUAGCCAAAGUUCUCCCGUUCUUCAAGCAGCCAUCCUUCCGGUUGUACACAGGCCGGACCGAAGAGGACCAGAAACACAAAGAGCUGCUUCUGGACAUCGUGCAGCUGGCCCGAUCUUUUCCGCUGCACUUUGAUGAGACCUCCCUGUUUGCUGGAGAUGAAAAAGAAGCUGGCAAACUGAAGGAGGAUGUCAGACUGGCCUUUCUCAACAUCUCAAAGAUUAUGGACUGCGUUGGCUGCUUUAAAUGUCGUCUCUGGGGAAAACUACAGACUCAGGGAUUAGGUACGGCGCUGAAGAUCCUGUUUUCAGAGCGUCAGAUUGAAGCGCUGCCCCAGUCCAGAGAGCAACGACCCAGUUUUCAGCUCAGCCGGCAAGAGGUUGUCUCCCUCCUCAACGCCUUCGGAAGGAUUUCCACGAGCGUCAAAGAGCUGAAGACCUUCAGAUCGCUGCUUGCAGAGGAGCGAUGACAAAGACUGGGCUGGACGUUUCAGGCCCUGAUCUACAAACUGCCAUCUACAUGACCACUUUAACCCUGCUGUAAUGAGACUGUUAUCAAGGUCUUAGAUAAGGAAGACUUAGCUGUGAUCAAUAGGAGGUAUUUUGUCUGUGAAGAUGUCUUAUUUAUGUUGAAUUUAAAUAAAAUUUGAGGUUUGUAUGGCAUUUGAAUGUCCUUCAUGUUACUUAUUGUUUGUGAAAUAAAAAAGCUACUGUAGUUGGAAGUCUUUAGCGAGACUAAAGGAUGUAAUAUUCCUGUGAAAGUUUAUUAAAAUUGCUUCAUGCAAUAAUAAAAUCUCUUUAUAUGAAA